AUGAGUUCUCAUGUGAACAACAUUGACCAUUCCACUCAUCAUAUUGGUAGUCAUGAAGGACAUCAGGCAUUCUUCCAUACAGCAUAUGGUAAUUACAUGAUAUUCUAUGGGUGGGUGUUAAAAGAUAGCAAAUCUACAUUUUUAUGGUGCAUAUUUUUAGCUAUAUUAGCUAUUGCUUUUCAAUGUUUAAAGUUUGUUCGUCACAAAUUGGGGAGAAAAUGUGCAAAUUUGAAUUGCAGGAGAUAUAUUUUAAAUAAGAAUCAUAUAGUACAGACAUUUUUGUAUGUUGUACAAUUUGCUACAGGAUAUUUAGUAAUGUUAGCUGUAAUGUCGUACAAUGCCUGGGUCUGUACAGCAGCUAUUGCUGGUCUGGGGUUGGGAUAUUUUUUCUUUGGGUGGGGUGAAUUUGAAGAUGGAAAGAGAAGAGAAAUGAUGAUAUUACAUAAGAAGACAUUUGAUUGUAAAAUUGGUGAAGGUCAAGAAUUAGAGCCAUUAAGUAAAGAUGUAUCUAGUGAUACUUUACUAACAACUGUCACUACUAAUAGUGGAGGUGUGGCUUGUUCUUGUGAUGUCACUAUGUAA